CCGAGAAAGAAAUAAAUUUGCAGACAUACACUUCCGGUUUGACUAAGUGCUAAGCGAGUUCAAGCCAGUUCAACGGUUUUCAGCACGAUGACGGGAAAUAUUUAUCUGUUUGUUCCAAAUGUCAUUGAUUACUUCCGAGUAAUCUUUGCUUUUGUGUCUUUUUACUACAUGCCUUUUGACUACAUAAAGGCGAGUGCUUUUUACCUUCUGAGUGGUUUUCUUGAUGCAUUUGAUGGUCAUUUUGCUCGAAUGCUUGAUCAGGGCACGAAACUUGGUGCCAUGCUGGACAUGUUGAUUGAUCGGAUCACGACCAUGUGUCUGUGUGCUGCUCUCUGCCAGUUUUAUCCACGCUACAUGCUCUUUUUCCAGUUUGCCAUGGCCCUUGAUAUCUUUAGCCACUGGUUACAUCUUCAUAGCUCUAUGAUGAAAGGCAGUGAUAGUCACAAGAAAAUUGAUUUAUCUGCAAAUCCAAUCCUUCGACACUAUUACCACAACAAGACAAUCCUGUUUACUAUGUGUGCUGCUAAUGAGCUUUUCUUCUGUAUGCUGUACCUGGUUCACUUCACACCUGGCCCUGUCGUGCCUCUUGGACCACUUUCUGUAGGCAUAUUCACCCUCAUCCUCUAUAUUUCGGCUCCAAUCUCUUUAGCAAAGAACAGCAUCAGCGUUAUUCAGUUAAUUGCUGCCGCAGAAAACAUGGCUACCAUCGACAGAGAAGAAAGAGUUAAAAAGGCUGCAGAGCAAGCCAAGCAAAAGUAAACUUCAAUCAUGGUGCUUUGAUAGAUUGUAUUGUGUAGACCACAUAUGGUUUAUUGUUGUUGCGCAUAAAGCAGGGUCACUGUAAAAAUGUUAUUCGCAUUGGAGUAACUAAAUGUUGAGAACUCUGUUAUCUAUUGCACCCUCAGGAAAGGAAGAAAAGAAACCACACACAAAUUUUGCAAUUUUUGUUGUUUGUGCGUAGUGUUGAUUUAAUGAAGUCUAUCACCUUCAAAGCAUUGAACCCAAAUGAAUGCUGUUUGUUUUAGUAUGUACUUUUGGAGAAAAUCUUCAAAAGCAUCAUCCCUUUUGCAUAUCUUUAGCUUUAAAAGUUAUUUAUAUAAAGAAUAUUUACCCUUCUGUAUUUUGGGGUAAAUUUUGAAGCAGAAAAAACAAAGGUGUGUUACUGAAAUUUUUUAAACAACUAAAGGUUGAAUUGCGGCCCUAUGCUCCUUGAGUAACAAGAAUAAACAAACAAGGGUUGAAUUAAAAAUUUUAGAAAGACUAUGAGAAGCAUGCAGACUUAAUUUGUUGUUCAUCAAUAUUUUUGACACAUACCUGCACCAUGAAAAAGGCAUCUGGCAUUGGUGUUGGAUGUUUUGGGGUAUGCUACAUACAUAAGCAUACUGAUUCUUGAGAUGGAUAUCUUAAGCUCUGAUAACAUUUUGGUCAGUGCACUGGACUUACUAGUCUCAGGUUGUCUGUUCUUGCUUGCCUAACUAGCAGUGAUAUAUCGGGGAAGGUUAAAGGUAAAGGAGGAGAGUGUGGGACUUAAUGGUUUUACUUGUUACUGUGUAUGUGUCUCUUAGAGGGAGUGAGGUUUGAUAUAUGUCAAUGCCUAGGUAAAGGAGUGCAUAUGUAUGUACAAAGGAGACAAUGCCUGCAAGGUGUCAGUAUGCACACACAGAUGCUUGAGUUUUAGAUAAACUGCAUUUUUCACAAAUUUCUGUUAAAGGCAUGGUCAUUGUAAGUGUUGAAAUUGUUUCUGAAAUUCUGCUGUAAUCAGGAUAUAAAAGAAAAGGUUGGCAUGGAAGAUGUCUAGAUGGAAAAUAGAUUUAUACAGGCAAGUGAAAGCAGCUAUACAGAAUCACAGGAAGGACAUCUUGUAGUACUUUUUUGUCAUUAGCAACAUAUGAUAGUGACAAAAGUCCUGUUGUUGUAUACAGUUUAGUAUUGUGUAUUUAUGCAUCAGUACUUUACCUUGAUAUUUAGCAUAAGCUUUAGUCUCUGUAAUGCUCACUUUCCAAAGUUAAAUUAGUGUUUAGUCCUGCUAUCAUUUUACAAACAUGCUAAGAAUGAUGUUCAGUCUGGAGUGGUUAUUGAAUAAUACCAUAGACAAUGUAUAUUUGCUAGAUUGUUAGAAUUAACAGUUUGUUUAGAAUUUGCAAGAAUUAAUAUAAAAAAGGAGCAUGAUGUAUUUUGUCCGCAUUUUGCAAAAUCUUAGACCCUUGAUUUUUCAGUGCAUACAUUCCUUUACUAGAAAAAAUGGUGCAAGAACAAAACCCAUCAGUAUUCAGUCACUAGUACAAAUAGUUUUUGCCACUGGUGUGUGUGUGAGAGAGAGAGGGAAUGGGUGCAGGAGAAGUGCAAAUAUAAGGCAAUUGCUAUGAAAUUAGGAAAGGAAUCAAUGGAAGUUUAUUGUUUCUAAAAGAAAAUAUUUUUGAAUACAUUGAUGCUGGAGGAAUUUUCCUUGUACCAAAAUUAAGAUUAAAAUGAAUAAUUAUAAUAUUUGUAAGAUUUUCCACAUUUUUUAAGAUAUACAUAGAACAUUGAUGGCAUAUUUAGAAUAAUGAAGACACUGAUUAACAGAUUAACUUUUAGGACUAAUCUGUGAAUAGGGUGAGGUGGGAAAAUACCUUUUUUGCCUAAUGGCACACUGCCAGAAAUUAAACAUUUAUGAUGCAUACCGAAGUUGGGGAGAUUUCUUAAAUUUUCUUAAAGGGGAGAGUGAAAUGUGUUUUCACUACUUUUAGUGAAGCUUACAUUACUUAUAACAAAGCUUUUAUUAUUUAUAGUGUGGUAGAAACAAUUUUGCUUUGUUUACCUGACAACAGAUUGUAAGACCUCUUCAUCAUAGUAAAGCAGGUAUUGUGAUUUUUCUUACAGUGUACGAAAUGUGUUUUUAAAUUCUUUUUGUUGCCUUCUUAAUUUAUUGAUUUAGAUGUAUCAUGAAAGUUUGGUUUUAUUUAAAGAUGAUUAUGAUUUCUUAUAUUUUUAUCAUCCUGAAAAAUAUUUGUUUUGUCAAUAAAUGUAAAAUUAAGCUGCAUUCCUUUUUAGUGUUUUACAGAAACUUUAGGAUAAUUCUAAGCAGAGGUGGCUCUGUUUCUAGGCCCCUCAGUCUUACAACUGCUAUUCUAAAUGGAGGUUUAAAAACUGUUCAUAUUUUGAUUGGUUCUUUUCCUCUUGUCAGUCUAUCUACAGCUGGUGUGCGCAAGUGUGAUCACUGUCGGGAUCCAUGGAAUUAAAAUGCAUACUCAAGGUU